AUGUUUGGCACAGUGUCAUUAUUAUUGUACUUCUGUGCAACGGUGCUAUGCGGUGUAGUGCCUCCAACACAAGACGGAGAAGGAGAACCUCUCAUUUUAACUCCGUACAUUAAAAAUGGUGAGAUAGAAAAAGCUAGAAACCAAUCCGAAGUGGACCCAUCCCUGUUCGCAGGCGUCAAGAGUUACGCAGGAUAUUUUACUGUUAACGAAACGGCGAAAUGGCAUCUAUUUUCUUGGUUCUUCCCCGCACCUGAUUUUAAUCCUCCAGACAAAACUCCAUUGAUAAUUUGGUUACAAGGAGGACCUGGAGGAUCGUCCAUGUUUGGAUUAUUCGAAGAAAUUGGUCCUAUACAGUAUGUCAAUAAUAAAAUAGAGGGCAGGGUUUUUGGUAACUGGGGUUAUCAUUACUCGCUCCUCUUCAUUGACAAUCCAGUGGGUACUGGGUUUAGUUUUACUGAGACUGAGGAGUACGUGACCAAUGAAGACCAGGUUGGACAAUGUCUUUUAAAUCAUAUACAACAAUUUCUAGAAGUAUAUCCAGAACUAAGAACUGCACCGUUGUUCAUCGCUGGUGAAUCGUAUGCAGGGAAGUACAUUCCAGCUUUUGGGCAUUACAUUCAUAAGAGCAACGCAGACGGAGGAAAACAUAUAAAUUUGAAAGGUCUCUUAAUCGGUGACGGGUGGACAGAUCCACCAACACUGCUGCACUACUCUGAGUUGGGCGAACAAUUAGGAUUUUUAGAAAAGGAGCAAGCAGAGGAGGUUAAUGCUUUGGAAGAACAAGCUAGGAAGUAUUGGGCAGCGGGCAAUUUUGAUUUGUAUGCGAAGUAUGCAGAAGAAGGACAAGAAAAAUUCACGAGCUAUGUACCGAUUAAUCUCUACAACUUUAUAUCGGAAACAAUAGGAAUACCUGAUAAAUAUGCAGAAUUUUUAAAUAGAGAAGACGUACAAAAGGCUUUACACGUGAAGAAGAUGAAAUUUGAACCACAAAGUUAUAAUGUAUAUAAUAAUUUAAUGAAAGACAUGUACCAUACGGUCAAACCUUGGCUGGAGGAGCUACUGGAACAUUAUGGAGUCAUGUGUUAUAGUGGACAACUGGAUAUCAUCGUUGGGUACGCGCUGUCAACGAACACGUACAGGAGUUUAGAAUGGUCAGGAGCAGAAGAAUAUAGAAAUGCUGUUAGGUUACCAUAUUAUGACAAUACUAAUACAUUUAUUGGGUUUGUGAAGGAGAGCGGGAACUUCAUGGAUGUACUGGUGUCUGGUGCAGGACACAUGGUGCCCGCAGACCAGCCUAUCAACGCCCACACAUUCCUUCUUUUGUUCAUUAAUAAGUUCCAAUGA